GGGUGGAUUGGGAAAAGCAAUCUGCCGAAGGCAACCAGUUAUUUAACACGUCGCCUUUGUGGGAUGCGAUUGCUACAUGACAUGAAGACAGAAAGGUAAGUCAUAUUUCGGUCAUUUGUCGUCAACACUCAAACACAGCAUAUGAUUACAAUAACGGGUGCUCUACGAUAUUGCUGAGGGGCAAAGCCAUGGAGGGGGGAAGGAUAAGGAUAAAGUCGAAGCGGUUCUCAGUAUCUCAAAAUUUUGGUGCAUAUGUUACUUCUUACAUCAUUUUAGUUUGCACCUUUUGAACGAAUACAUUGGAGCUUGCUUGAACUUUUAACAAACGCACGCUUUUUUCUUCGCCACUCACUUUUAUUCUUUACAACUCUCAUUCUAUACACUACCCACCCAAUACUUACUACUCUGCUUUUGACUCGCUUCACUCACAAAACUCGCAAGUCAGCCAACCCAGUUUCAACAUCACUCUGGGCAAUGUCAGCGUUGAUACCUCUAUCCCCAUACGUUCCCCCACGAGCACGCGUUCUCUCACCGUCUGAUCGAUAUCCCGGUGGUGCCCGGGGAAACGCCCAUCACGGACCCCUCCUCCGCAAUUCUUUCGAUAAUGGCUAUAAUGCCCUCGGAGGUGGCGCUAUGAUACCCGUUCCUGUAUUCGGUGCCCGGGCCGGACAUGGAGCACUUGCUCGUGGAGGUGGCGCUGGAAGAAACUACAACGAUAUGAACAUGCAUAUGAACAUGGUCAUGCCAAUGAGGAGAGGAAGUGUGGAUAUCUCCUACCAUGGAAUUCCACACGCACACGGUCAUUCGCUAAUGGAUCCGCGCAUGCGACACGCACCGCAGGUACAAGUUGUAGAUCCGUCGGCUAUGUUCAGGGAUCCGUGGAGAGGAGGGGGUAUAGGGGCUUGUACACAGGAACCUUAUACAUGUCCCUGUCACGAAUGUGAAGUUUUACGUUUGCCGCUUGCGCCGUUAGCUGUGGGAUGUCAUCAUGACAAUCGCGGACAUUCACAUGCGAUGGAUUUGCAUAAUCAUUGUUGCUCCGGAGGUGGAGGACAUAAGGAAUCUACAUCGUCUUCUUCCGGUGGUGGGAGCAAGGAAAAAUCUAGUUCGGGAGGCGGAGGUGGAGGCGGGGGUAGUGGAGGAAGUAACAAGAAAGAAUAUGGAUUUCCCACAAAAGAUAUCGUUAUUCGCGGGAAAACAUAUUCGUGCCGCAAAUCUUUUCUAGCCGAUCAAGGAAAAUUCGAAGAUUCGCUCGUUAAAAUGAUGGAAAAGAAGAAGGAGGAUGAAAUUCCAAACACGGUUCUCGAUUCCCUCUUCUCCUGCAUCAAUGAAGAAAAAGUUCUCUCUUCCGCCUCGGCCCAUGAUCUCGUUACCCUCAAUGUUCUUUCUUCUUCCUUGGGUAUCAAGAGCGUGAUGGAGAAAUCGCUCGCGCAGUUGAAGAAACAGUGUUCGGAUAAUAUUGUUAGUGGGAGCACGUUGACGGGCAUCGUGGUGACGAUUAUGAUGAGCGCGAAAGUGGAUGAGGGGUUGAGGGAGUGGUUGAAGAAAUACAUUAAGGGGUGGGGCUUGUGGGAGGAGUUGCAGGGCUUUGCGAUGUAUGUUCGGUGUGUGGAGGAUCAUCCGGAGAUUCAUACCGGGUUGUUGGAGUUGCUGGGGUUGAGGAGGAAGGCGGAUGGGGAGGGGUAUAGGAUUAUUUAGAAGGGGGGAGCGAGAGGGAUAGAGGUGGGCGUGGGGAAUGGAUGAUGGAUGAUGGAUGAUGGGUGAUGGGUGGAGGGAAAGAGGGAAAUGAGCAAGAGGGGGGUCGGAGAGGAGAAAUAAGAGGAAAAUCUUCCAGUGAUGGUUGGAUAGGAUAAGAUAGGAUAGGACAGACUGGAAAAAUUUGGUGAUUUCACUUCUUCUUCUUCUUCUUCUUCUUCUUCUGAAAUAAAUUACAAUGCAUCAAAAUGAAGGAAAAGAAUAUCAUGUUCUGGAAGUCUGUCAAGUCAAUCCGUAGUUAGUAUAGUAUAGUAUAGUAUAAUAGUAUAGCUGAUAGUGUUUUUUAUUUAUUUAAUUGUAUGCUAGUAUGUUAUGUUAUAUUGUUUA